AUGACUGGUCCAUAUCGUGUGGAAUCAAUCCAACUAACGGAUUAUCUCAAGAAUCUUGAAAAUGCAUGUGAAUCACCGAAUUUCGGUUAUACACAUCAAGGUUUGGAAGAUGAAAUGGAAAGACAACAAAGAAUUGAAGGAUCUUCAAAUUGGAUACGUGGAAGUGUAACUAGUACGAAUCAUGAUAUUCUCAAUCAAAUCAGUUACAUAACAGAAAGAGUACAAACUAAUAAAGACUGUCUACAUUAUCUUGCUGGAAUUACAAGUAUGGAGGAUAUUUACUCGGAUGUGUCUGCAUUCAAUGCUAAACGGGCAUUACGACUUAUCAUGGAGAAUCCUGACAAUAAAUUUUGGAGAAAGAAAUUAUCUGGAUCUGUCAAUCGUUGUUGGCAAAAUCUUGGCAAAUAUUCAGAAUUAGCAACAAUCCAUCUUAAAAAUGCUGCAGAUUUUCAUCAGUUCUAUUACGACGCAAGACAUCUUGAAGUGAAACUGAAUGAUAGACAUAAGAGAUUUUUACACAAUCGCAGUCGAUUCGCUGAAAUGAAUCAUGAAUUCUAUACAAAUUCUUCAAAAGAAUUACGAGAUUGGUUAAGAAGUCAAUUUGAUCAUUUAAAUUAUAUGGUAAAUCGUUCGAAACAACUAAUUGAACAAUCAAAAUCUCUUGUACCAAUAUACUUACGUACAAAUCGUAUCAAAUCACCAGUUAAUGCUAUCAUGUUAUGCGAUUAUGAAACACCGAAAUUUAAAUUCACCGCCGGUGAAAGAAUCAUAUUGAUUGAUAAUAUGGCUGGUGGAAUAGACGGGAAAAAGAAAUUUAUUCUAAGGACGACACAAAAAGAUGAUGAAUUCACUGUCUCGGGUGAAUCAACCAACAUAACAUCAGAUGCGAUAGAUACAACUGAAACAGAUAUUGAAAGUGGAUCAAGAACUGAGGAAAUUGAUGAUCGUUCAAGUGAUAGUAAUACUUAUAAUUAUUUACGUUAUACAUCACCAAGAAUAUCAACAAUGCCAUAUUGGAAUUUCGGUCAUGGACAACAUAUUGGUAGUACUGAAGAAUCAAGUACAGAACAGACGACAACUACUACAUAUACUGAAAAUGUUAGUCCACUUGGACAGUCAUCAUCAAAACUUCAAUGGCAUAUUCGAAGUUUAGAUGGAAAAACUGAAGCAUUGGUACCAUCUGUAUGCGUAUGGAUUCCAUCACCAGAUAUGGAAGCUCAAGAGAAGGCGAUAAAGUUGUACAAAGUUAUUCUAGAUAACUGGAAUUACAUCAUAGAUGAGCAGUUGAAAAUAUGCCUUGAAUUUUUCACAGUACUACUUCAACGAUUCCUUGAAAGUGAUGGUUUAACAACAGACGAUGAUGAAGCAUUUAAACGAUUUUUAAACAAUUUAGUAUUCUCUUUAACUGAACCGCCAACAGCUGAAGCUGAAAAUUUUAACAAAGAAUUUCUACGACUUAUCGAUGAAACACGUGAACACUGGAAUAGAACUAAAACAUUUGGAACACGAAUGCCGGGUGGUAUUCAUCUACGUAGGACAGAAAUUGCUGUAUUUCAGAGUUUACUUGAUUGGAAUAAAGCACAUAUGAGAACUAUCAAGCAAUAUGAACAAGAAAAUAUUAUCCCUGUUGAUUUAACACAGAAACUGAAUGAUCUUCAAGAGCAAAGUUUUCAUAUGAUGGAGACAGUUUCACUUGUCAAUGAUUUAGCCUUAAAGGAUAAAAAAAAGUUGGAUAGUUUACUGAAUCAAUUAAGAAUAUGGAAUAAACAAACUAAAGAUAAAAAUCAAUUCAAUCUUUAUCCAUUAUCUUCAAGUUCUGAUGAUGAAUGGUUGUCUAGUUCCGGUUCAGAGUAUUUAAAUUCUGAAAGUACCUAUGAAUCUGUAGAUGAAAUUGAAACAUCCUAUAUACUACAACAAUCAAAGUAUGCAGCAACAAAACCACAUUUUACAACUAGUUUACGUUUUCCGCAAAAAACAUUCAUCCUCCCGUCAAUAUUCACAUAUGAUGAAGAUUUAGCGUCAAGUUGUACAACUAGCGAAGAGAUACAAAGUAUUGGUGGGACGACUACGCCUACCACUGUUAGCAGUAGUUCUUGUACAACAGACGAUGAAAUUGAAGACUAUCAAAAAUAUCAUCAUACAAAACAAGAUUUUUAUCAUACACAACCACCUGAGGAUAUUUUAGAUGACGGUAAAAAUUAUGUAACUACUUUAAAUAAACAAAUUCUAUUGACUCUUGAACCACCUGUUGGCGGUAAAGAUAAACCAAUGAUAUAUAAAAGUAGAAAAUAUAUUGACACUAAAGACGGUGGAGGUUAUUCAGUUGUCUAUAUUGAAGUUGCACCGACUGAAGAGACUACAAUACUCGAUCAAACAGAUGAAGAUCUUCCCUUAUCGAAAAUAUCAAAAUCAAUACAAGUAGAUGAUCUAUCCAAGAGAACAAGAUUCACACGUAGAACAUGGAUAGAAGAACAACAUGUUGAAGAGGCGAAAAGUUUAAAGAAAAUUGAAGAAUCUGCAAGAAUUAUACAUACAAAACCUGGUAAAAUUGAAACGAAAGAUGACAGUGUACAAGUAUCGCCUAUAAUUCACAAUAUUGAAUGCAGUACAGAAGACUAUCUCCUGUCAAGUUAUGCAUUAUCAAUAACAACGAGACAACAAAAUAUCGAAAAAGAUAGUAAGGCAAUACAAACAGCAGAACACUCUGACGAUUUCAUCUAUGCAGUUCAACAGUUUGCCCAUGUUAAAGAAAUAACUGAGGAAGAAUUUAACCGGAUUAUUCAGCAGGAGGCAAUAAAGCUGAAAAGUAAAAAUAAAGAAAAUCAAUCAUCACAAACACAUGAUAUCACAUACAAAGAAAUGAAAUAUGAGCAGAUAGUUAAAGAAACAAGCGAUGAAGCGAUCAAGUUAAAGGGUGAUUUUGGGUCUCAAUAUAAGAUAACCCCUAAAUUAACCGAUAGACAUGAAUAUUAUGUAAAGCCAACUAACGCGAAAUCAACCAUGACAGAAAUAGAUAAAAUGGAUGAUAAGUUACAUGCGCAAAAACAGCCACCGGUAAGAGAAUACGAAAAACAUAAGCAAGAAAAAGCAGCUGUAAUAGAAGACAUCGGUAUGUAUAUAGUAAAACAACAACAUGAAACACCAGAAAUCCAUAAACAAGACAAGAUAAAAUCUAAAAUAAAUUACGUCGAAGAAAUAGCCAUGUAUCAAUCGGAUAUGUAUAAGCAAGACAGAGAAAAACAAAUAGAAAUAAAGACAACCCAAGAAAAAGGCUUCAUUUGUUCUGUUCUGAUGGUCACUAUUCCACAUCGAGUGAAGAAUCCACCAGUCAAUUUCAUCAUAUUAUUUGUAAUGAUAAUCUCAUUGUCUUAUUCAAUUGCUUUGGAUUUUGUGGAUAUAUCAUUCAAGUGGAUUAUUCUACGAUGGACAUUAUCAGUUACGGUGUGUCUGUGUUUCAUCUUCGUUGGAGUUAUAAUUAAACGAGACUUGACAGUUUUUAUCUUCCCGCUACUAAUUUAUUUGUUAAGCGCAAUUCUUUUAGCAUCGAUAACAAUUUCGGUGCUUUAUAUUCUUACAAACAAAUAUAUUUUGUACGUAAGCUUCUGUAUAUUUGAAUUCGUGACCGUGAUUCCGUGUCUAAUGGUCGCAGGGCAAAUGCUAUCAAGUAAACGAGAUGUUCAUUUCACAGAUGAUGACUACACAACGGCGGCUAUGAUUUAUUUCUUAUUAAUAUUGCAAGCAGUGACGUCAACAGUUGGACCGUUUCAAACAGAUACAACAAAAUCAAAUGAAACAAGUUUAUUAAGUUCAAUAUCAUGGUUUGAGACUACAGACUAGGUAGAAGAUAGUCUGUCAGUCAGAAUUUAAAUUAUACAAAUAUUGAUUUCCUAUAUGUGUUAAUCAGAAAGUCAUCCAAUCAGAUUUCACCAUGAUGUUUGCUGCCCACCAAUCGUCCGAAUAC